CACAAACAUUCCGUUCACUAAUUUUUAUCCUGUCUACCUUCUUGCACUGAAUACACCGUGUUUCUAUGUACUGCAGGUUCCUUGAAACGGACGUCUUUCAAAGGACUCCGAAUGUUUGGUUUGGAUAAUCAAACUGAACACAAUCUCUUUGCCGGUAUCAAAUCGACCUCGAAUGCUGGCCUGUUUCGUGCGACUGAUACAGUGUCAUCUGACAAAACUGGGGUACUGUUUUCCGGCUCCACCUCCCAAUCUACCGGAUUGUUUGGAUUAACUGUCGGCCCCAGUCCCAAGCAGACUUCCAUUCUCACCAGUGAAACUCCUCCUGGUCACCCACUCGAUAUUGAUGCUCCAUCUUCGGAGACAUUGUCCCCCCAACCGUCCAAUCGGUCUCCAACCCACUGGCCAGCGAUUAAGUUAUCCCGACUUCCUAUUGGUUUCAAUCGAAAGAGUUGGCUACAACAGUAUUUUGAAAGAUUCGGCACAGUGACCCGGGUGUUGUGUCAGCCAACGCUUGAUGCGGCCUACGUCGCUUUUGAAACCGUCACCGCUGCGCAGCGUGCCAAACGUCAUGGUCAUGACACUGUUGCCAACGGGGAAACAUUGCCCACGUCUGUUCUUCUAACCAUGGCCCAGUGUCGUUCGCGGAGCAACACUGGCCCCAGUACCGGCGCAGGGCAACCUUUGCAGUCAGCAUCGAAACGCAAACGCAGUCCGAUACAGCCAAAUUUUCCCAGAGAAGAGUUUCUGAAGACCAUCGAAAGUUCCGGGGGAACGGGAAGUACUGCCGUCCGUCUCGACUCUUCUAGGGAGCGCGAAGUGGUUUUUCCGCCUGAAAUCGGUCCUCUGAAAAGUCUGUACGGUUCCACUGUGGAAGAGCGCCUGUCCAUAUUACAAGCCCAUUAUCAGAUGCAGCGCCAACAAAGACCAUCCCAGGUUGCAUUUCAACCUUUCGAACUUGGUCCUCUAGAUUCAAGCAUGUCAGAGGAUGCCCUAGAUCCACGUGCAGCAACCAUUCGUGGAACUUGCAUGGAUAUGUGCCCGGAGUUGGAGCGCUAUUUCCGCGAGAUUCAUCACCGGGUUUCCGUGUUCGAAUGCCUGCCUUCCACCCUUGCUGCCCCCUCGAGUUGGCAAAUGGAUCACACACGCGCCGUGAAAGAUUAUGAACGUUCUUCAGCAGACCAGCCUGUUCCGUUGCCUUGUGAACUACGACCGACACCUGUGUUGCGGCGCACAAUGGCUUACCUCCUGGCUAGUAUUGCCGAUCGUCCGGAACUCGACAAUACACGUAGUUUGUGGAAGCCUUGGUACGAGUUUAUGUGGACCCGGACGCGUGCAAUCCGGAAGGAUAUCGUUCAGCAACGCCUGUGUUGUCCCGUUAUCGUGGGAGUGAUGGAACGCAUUGCUCGUUUCCACAUAUUUUGCGCUGCCCGUUUGGUUGACCAGCCGAUCGACAGCUUUGACCCUCGCAUAAACUCUGAAAAUUUGACGCAAUGUCUACAGACACUGAAGGAGAUGUACAAUGACUUGGGUGCGGACAUAAGUGACCAGUCCAACUGUAUCUGCCCGAACGAAGCAGAGUUUCGUGCAUACAUGCUUCUGAUGAACUUAAACGACCAAGGAGCUCUGAACGAUGUGCAAAAAUUGCCGUCUCAUCUGCUUCGGUCCCCCGAAAUGCGGUUUGCUGUCAGUGUGCAUGAAUCCGUGACGACGAACAAUUAUAUUCGAUUUUUCCGUUUGGUUCAUCAAGCCACCUUCUUGUCUGCAUGCUUGAUGCAUCGCUAUUUCGUCCAAGUUCGCAGUCAAGCUCUCAUACGUCUGGCAGCCUCUUUUGCUGGGCACCCGAGGAAAGAUGUGCAGUAUCCGCUGAGCACACUGACUCGGCAGCUGGGUUUCGAAGAUACUCAAGAGGCGAAAUCAUUCUGUGAAUGUUGGGGCCUUACCGUUUGUGUUAACCAACUUGUGUUUGAGAAACAAACCCAGCCGCAACCUCCGGAACUAGCCUGGCGUGAACGAAGAGCCUUGCGGCUUAUUGAACAAAAACGGUCUAGUAUCUCUUUAUCGACAGUUUUCAAUGGUGGACCUGUUUGUCGCGAUGAUGCUGUUCCGCCCCCAGUUCACUCGUCUUUUGACAACCGGGAUCGCUUUGUUGGAAAAGACGAGUUAGAAGAGCCAAAUCGUUUACAACCUUCGACUGUCAGCUACUCCGUGCCUGUGCCAGCGUUUGUCCCCGCGGAACCGUCCAAUUUACCACCCGUUGACCGAAAACCUCAGGACCCUUACAUGAAAGAAUUACUUGGCAACAAACCAUUGGUUAUGAACUUUAUAGAUCAAUGGGUCGAUGAAUUCCUGGACUUCAGGGGAGUUGCUUGCCAAGUGCUGGUUGAGGAAUCCGUUUUACGCACAGUCCUCAUGGAAUUGGUCGAAUGCACUGUUCGUCAGGAGGUCUACAAGAUGGUGACGGAAUCGUUGAACACACAGCACCAGACUGUUCAGGACCGUACAUCUACUGAUUUGCGUGAUUCCUUGCUUGAGUCCGUGCUCAUCACGGAGUGCCAGAGGAUUGCGCAGCAUUGUCUAGCUCUCGUGUCCCUAUGUCGUGAUAUGCUUGAGUUUGAGUUCUUGCCACUUCUCACUGAAACUGUCAUCAGAAAUUGUUGGCUGUCAACCAAAGCUGACCACUUUCGCCGGCAACACUUGCUGCAAGCAUGUUUUCAUCGAUUUCGUCUGUGCAUGCAUCACAAACAAUGUGCAGAACGCGAACAUGCUCUGUUUCGAUCCAUGCCUGCUUGUCCACCAACUCACCUGAAUGCAUUGAGUCUGGUCGGACCCAAGGUGCUAACAGGAAUGGUUAUGAACUCAUCUGAUAGUCAACGCUGGCAUGACGCUUCGGCCAAACGCCCCCGGUUUUCUAGAUGGGCUCAACAGAUGGACGACAAAAUAACUUGGCAGCCCGUUCCUCUUGCAUCACAACUCAUCGGUUGCUCCCUUGGCCUCUAUUCACCCAUGUCUGCUGCUCGUUUGCGCAAACCCCUCAGUGUGAUAACCGCCUGGCUUCGAAUCAAGUUGUCUAGUUGCCGUUUGAUUUCCGUGCCCAACUUGAUUGGUUGCUCCCCCGACACGUCUAAGCUAACCGGCCUACUUUGUCUUGGAAGUCCUGAUGAGUUGGUCUUGCGCUGUUCCACCCAGAACAAACUCCCAGUUUUGGUCUUUAUUCCAAAAGAUAUGACUUCUGACGAGAAAGAUGGAAAGUAUUACACUGCCGAUUCGUCUCUGGUUUACACUAUGAGUUUCUCCUGGACAGGUAUGGAUCAAUUUGUGCCUAACCAAAGCUGGUCCGUCGUGCUUCGAGAUGGUCUGGAUUGGUUGACAUCGAACAUCCUCACAAGGUCCAUCGCAACUCACUUGCCUGAGUCUCAGUUGUCUCCAUGUCGAUCUCGCUCCGGCCGUCUGUCGAACCAAAUUAGAUUGGUCGAUAUUAUUUGGCACCUUGUAGAUCGUCUCUUCUUUCAUCCAUUGUCUACCUUAUCCCAAACUUGGAAGGAAAAAGGAUUGGUGGCUCCAUGUCCGAGCUCCGUAUUUCACCUAUAUCGCGUGGCCGUCGAUCGAAUAUGCAGUCGACUCAACACUACACAACUGUCUAUCACCGUCCAAUCUGACCUUCACAUCCCAACAGAAAGUGUACAGUUGUUGACCGACAGCCAUACAUGGGAUCAGUUCCUCCAAAACUGGUCAGCAUUUUCCGAACAACUGCAUCUGAGUCCCUACACUUAUUGUUGGGUUCAAACAGCCAUCAGUCAUGUAGAAAAGUCGUUCCAUGCGUCCGCUGGUCUCCUCAAUCUUGCUCCCUUACCUGUACUGGCUCCAUGGCUGACCUUGUGUAUGGCUACUGUGCGUGAUCGAUUGGAACAGCUGGCACAUUCUGAUCUUGCUGAUCAAUCUGCUGAGCUGGUUUCGAUCGAAAGCCUAUUGGAACUGCUCUGUGAAACCGAAGAUCAAGAAGUACUGGCAGAAUUCACGUCACACUUUUCCACGCUUGGUGAACCAUGCACAACGUACAUAUCAGCAGUAGAUCUUUCACUUGCAAAUAGUUCACAGCAUCAGAUCGCCAUUCGCUUGCAUGGUUCCACAAGAAUGGCACCAGUGAACCCCACCUCCAGAUCAUUACUUCUCGAACUCGAUUCGUUGCGUCAUCGAAUGGACACUUUUGAAGAGUCCAUGCAAGAAGUAUUGGAACAGACAGGAGUUUCGUCAAAACUCUCGCUCAUGAACACACGUACGACUGUUUCUCCUGUUUCAAAAUUAUAGACACAUUCUAAACUUCAGAGUUUUAUUUUGUGAUAGGAACCUGUUUGUCUGUAUUUUUUCGUUUUUUUGUUCCAAACAACCUGCAGCUGUAAAUAUGAUGUCCU